AUGGCCAUCGGGCCGCAGGGCUAUCGCUACCUCUAUCCGGCGCAGCUGGGUCUGGGUGCGCGGGCACGGACCCUGGCAGCGCUGCAUCGAGAAGCACAGGCCCGGCGGCCCGUUGGUGAAGUGGAGACACAAAGCCAGGAAUCCGACGAGGAACACUUAGCUGAACAACACGAACACGCCUUUACUUUUGCGCGAUGGGAGGAAAAGAUGGGUCCAAAAGCACCUCGCGGCGCUGAAUCACAGAGCUACGAGAUGUACAACUCCGAGCAUUACGUGGAGCAUUUGAAGAAAAACGGCCGCCUGGCGGACAAUGUCAGGAAGUGCGGUGAAUUCCUUCCAGGUGUCAUGCGUUGGUUAUUCCUGUGUCUUAUUGGCCUCGGAAGCGGUUUGGUGGCUGUCUGCGUGGACACUGCGAUUGACUAUGUUUAUGAGACGCGAAUGGGACUGAACGACCACGUCUAUGAGACCGACGUGCGGGUCUUCCGGAUGGACGGCUGCGACGGUUGUAUGGAAACAGUACUUAUGUUGGGCAGCGGCGUCCGUUGCUUUAGCCAGUGUUGCUGCCUUCUUGGUGUGUUAUGUGGAGGUCUUGGCCGCAGGAAGUGGGAUCCCUGA